GUAUUUUCCAUUGGUCUGAGGGCGCCUUUGGUGUGUUGGGUCACUUGACCGAUUCCAUUCGCUGUGACACGUCGCUUGUAUUUCAGCUGUCCUUUUAUUCACUAUUUCCGCGGUUUUUUGGCUGAUUUUUUGCUUCUGAUAUUUUGAUUAUGGAAGAAAAUAUAGGCCUGACUACCGAGGAUAUCGCAGGGAUAGUCAAGAACGCAAUUGGUGGUGUAAAAGAGUAUAUUGAUGAUGCCAUUAAGAUACACAAGACGGAGACACAGAAAAUUAAAAUGGCGGCGAAGGUCAAGUUUCGAUUUAUAGGCAAUCAGGCUCAGUUCGAGUUUAAUUCUGAGCUCCUGGAUUGGGUUGAGAAAGAAGGCGAUUCUUUAGGGAAGGCCGACGCUGUCGAUAAGGUAGGCGCUGAUUUGAAUGAGAUUAAGAAAUUGCUGCAUCGGCGCAACAAAUUGAUCAGGAUUGCGGAUAAGUCUGAAGGUGGUUGGAGCGUCGUGGACGAGUACUUAUCUGAUGAAUUGGCGAGUGAUAGCGACGACGAGAAGCGGAUUAGAAAUGCCCAGCUCAGGGCAGGUAGGCGAAAGAGAUUUAAGGCCCAGGCUCUGGCUAGGAAAAGGUCAGCGACCCAGGUGCAUCCUCCCCCAGAGAGGGGUGAGUUGGCUGGAGGUAGCGGUGGUUUUGCGAGUAAUUUUCGCCGCUUUAAUGCAGGACGCGCUACGUUUGGGUUUGGGGGAAGGAGGGUGUAUGUUAUCCGUUUUCCCUUAAGGAAAACGGUUGGGUGGGCGCGAUAAGAUAAAUGGAAAAUAUUUUAUUUACGAUAGAUUUCUAUAGGAAAUAAAUGUAUUUUCCAUUGGUCUGAGGGCGCCUUUGGUGUGUUGGGUCACUUGACCGAUUCCAUUCGCUGUGACACGUCGCUUGUAUUUCAGCGACGUGUCAUGAGUCUUUAGAUAUGUUUCUAAUCGUAUGUUUCUCUUUGCAGGCUCUAGUAUGGGACGCCCAACAGACUUAUGUUGCUGGUUGAACAAUGUGUAUUUUGUUCUCUUUGCCGCGUUUGCCCUACAGCGUCGCAGUCACAGCAAUGGAGAUACGGUGCUCUGCUGCGAUACGGUGCUCUGCUGCUAUGGUUAAGGGUGUAUGUUAUCCGUUUUCCCUUAAGGAAAACGGUUGGGUGGGCGCGAUAAGAUAAAUGGAAAAUAUUUUAUUUACGAUAGAUUUCUAUAGGAA